UUGGAUAUGAUGACAUUUGAAAGAGAAAUGGAGGAGGCUGGAGAAGCGGAUCCUCUGUUCGUUUCCGGGAUUAGUGGCGAUACUGUCGGAUUGGGAGUCGAUGGUCAAGCGCUAACCGAGUCCGCUGACGCGGUUGAAGAGUGGCGCCUCGAGAAGCGCUCCAAGGUGAUGCUACGCAUGUUACGUGCUCAUCAAAUACAGCAUGGGUGGUCCGAACCGCUAGUAUUGCAAAACCUUUGUGUGAGCAAUAACAAGAAGCAGGCCGCUUCCAAGUUUUACACUUUGCUGCUUCUCCGAAAACAGUUAGCCGUGGAUAUACACCAAGGAGAACCAUACUCCGAUAUAUUUAUCUUACAAGGCCCCAACUUUCAGAGUCUUGUUGAGGCAGCUUAG